AUGAUGAUGAUGGGAGACCUUUUCAGAUGGCGCCGAAGGACGCUUCUCUCGUUACUCUUCACCUCGACAUUGGGUUCUUUCACUUCAGCCAGACCAGAACCCAUCUCCAAGAACCCAGCCCAUUCACUCAUGCCACGCUCCUCCAAUGAAACUUUCCCGUACCGCGAUGCAUCAUUAUGUAUCGACGACCGCGUGGAUGAUCUCCUCCACAGAAUGACGAUCGAGGAGAAGGCCGGGCAACUGUUCCACCUUCAGAUGCAGAUGGGUCCCAACGGCACUCUCGAUCUCGGCAAUGUCACAGCGCGUCGCAACAGUAGCGAAAACAUGAUCGGCGAGAAGCUGAUGACACAUUUCAACCUUGUAGGGGAUGUUACCGAUGUUCGAGUAGCCGCAGAGUGGUACAACCGCAUACAAGAACGUGCGCUACAGACCAGGCUUGGGAUACCGAUCACACUUUCAUCCGAUCCGAGACAUGCCUUCACAGAGAACAUCGGGACAGGAUUCGCGGCAAAUCAAUUUUCGCAAUGGCCGGAAAGCUUGGGUCUUGCUGCUUUGCGAGAUGCCGAGAUCGUACAAAAGUUUGCUGAGAUAGCUCGCGAAGAAUACAUGGCGAUUGGCAUCCGGACAGCGCUUCACCCACAGAUAGAUCUCGUGACUGAGCCGCGAUGGGCGAGGAUUGGGAACACCAUGGGUGAGGACGCUAAUCUGACAUCGGAACUUGUUGUUGCCUACCUGAAGGGAUUCCAAGGCGAAGAGCUUGGUACGCACUCGGUUUCAACAAUUACGAAGCACUUCCCUGGUGGUGGGCCUAUGGAGAACGGGGAGGAUAGCCAUUUGACAUACGGAAAGAACCAGACAUAUCCGGGUCACAAUUUGGAGUACCAUCUCAUUCCGUUCAAGGCGGCCAUCGCAGCAGGAGCUCGUCAAAUUAUGCCUUACUACUCACGACCGAUUGGUACUGAAUAUGACGAGGUUGGCUUUUCGUUCAACAAGGGCAUAAUUACUGAUCUCCUCCGUGGUGAGCUUGGUUUCGAGGGAAUUGUCUGCAGUGACUGGGGGCUUAUCACCGAUACCGUGAUUGCAGGACAGGACAUGCCUGCCCGGGCGUGGGGUGUUGAGUACUUGAGUGAGCUUCAACGCGCAGCCAUGGUCCUCAAUGCAGGUGUCGAUCAAUUCGGCGGCGAGCAACGGCCUGAGCUUAUCGUCGAACUGGUGAACACUGGAGUCAUUCCCGAAGAGCGUCUGGACGUUUCGGUCCGCCGCCUUCUCCGCGAGAAGUUCACUCUCGGUCUCUUCGACAACCCAUUCGUCGACGUUGAGGCGGCAGUUCAAGUGGUCGGCAACCCCUACUUCCGCCGCAUCGGCAACGAAACCCAGCGAAAGGCAUACACUCUUCUCACCAACAACGACGAUACACUGCCUCUUGAGUCCGACAGCACCACCAAAUACUACGUCGAAGGUAUCGAAGCAUCCCACCUCGAAGCCCGCAACAUCUCCCUCGUCUCCACGCCCGAGGAAGCCGACCUAGCCCUCAUCCGUCUACAAGCCCCAUACGAGCCACGACCCGGCGGCUUCGAGAAGAACUACCACGCCGGUUCACUCGAAUACAACGCCACCGAGAAAGUCCGACAAGCAGCCAUCUACUCCGCCGUCCCCACCAUCGUCGACAUCUACCUCGACCGACCCGCGGCUAUUCCCGAGAUCGCCGAGUCGGCGAAGGUGCUACUAGCCAACUUUGGAGCGGGACCUGACGCCUUUCUAGAUGUGAUAUUCGGUGUUGAUGGAGCACAGCCUCAGGGCAAGCUGCCGUUUGAUUUACCAAGGAGUAUGGCAGCUGUGGAGGCUAGCAAGGAAGAUGUGCCGUUCGACACAGAGAAUCCUGUGUUUCGGUUUGGGCAUGGAUUGAGGUAUGCGGAGGCCUGUUAA